AUGCGACUAAAUGUCGAUAUAUCUUCAUCGUCACUACAAACAAAUUUAGAAAAAGACUACAUCAUUGCAGCAAAUGAAAUUUUUCACAGUUAUCGUAUCGAACAAGCACUCUCAAAUGAUAUUUCUCGGAAAAUCGGUCCAAAAAACGUGAUAAGAGUUCAGGAAAUCAUUUACGCUGUAGACAUUCAUCGGAAGGCUAUGAAGUCGGUCUUUCAGAUUUUGUCGUUUGGUGGCGACAAGGACGAGCUUUUCUUGCAUUUCAGUUAUGUAAGUUUCAAUCUCUCGUAUAUGUUUUUAGCAAACUAUGCAGCACAAGAGGUCACGGAUCACAAUAACCACGUGUUUGUAACCACAUACAAUGUCCAAUGGUACGCAGCACCUUUACGUAUUCAGCGAAUGAUAUUGUUUCUCCUGCAAAGAGGCGCCAAGACCUUCAGCCUGAACAUUGGUGGAUUAAUUAUAGGAUCUUUAGAAAGUUUCGCUUCGGUAAGAUAUCUAAUGGAAGAACUUCAACGAAUAUGUAACGAGCUAAAAGACGAGAAUGAAAUUGCUAUCAUGAAGAAGUACGGAAACAUCGCGAAAUUUUUCACGGCCGCACUUAUGUGUAAGAGCAUAAUCAUUAGAUAUUUUAAGCGAACAGAAAAGCAGCGUUCUAUGCAGUUAUCGCAUCGAACAAGCACUAUCGAAUGGCAUUCCUUGGAAAAUCGAUCCAAAGAACGAAAUAAGGAUUCGUAA